UAUCAGACAUUUAUUUUUGAUUCGAUAAUUUUCGCAAAAAAAAAUUCGACAUAAUUUUACUUUAUUUUAUUAUUAUUAUGAGAAUAAAUCCUACCACUUUUAGCCCUGGGGUUUCCGCGCGUGAAAAAAAAAACUCGGGGCGUAUCACUCAAAUCAUUGGUUCGGUACUGGAUGUAGCUUCCCCGGGCAAGAUGCCUAAUAUUUACAACGCUCUAGUCGUUAAGGGUCGAGAUACUGUCGGUCAACUAAUUCAUGUGACAUGUGAGGUCCAGCAAUUAUUAGGAAAUAGUCGAGUUAGAGCUGUGGCUAUGAAUGCUACAUAUGGGCUAAUGAGAGGAAUGGAAGUGAUUGACACGGGAGCUCCUCUAAGUGUUCUAGUCGGUGGAGCGUCUCUCGGACGAAUUUUCAACGUGCUUGGGGAGCCUGUUGAUAAUUUAGGGCCUGUUGACACUCGCACGACAUCCCCUAUUCAUAGAUCUGCGCCCGCCCUUAUCCAGUUAGAUACAAAAUUAUCUAUUUUUGAAACAGGAAUUAAGGUAGUAGAUCUUUUAGCUCCUUAUCGCCGUGGAGGAAAAAUUGGACUAUUCGGAGGUGCUGGAGUAGGUAAAACUGUACUCAUUAUGGAAUUGAUCAACAAUAUUGCUAAAGCUCAUGGGGGUGUAUCUGUCUUUGGCGGAGUGGGUGAACGUACUCGUGAAGGAAAUGAUCUUUACACGGAAAUGAAAGAAUCUGGAGUAAUUAAUGAACAAAAUAUUGCGGAAUCAAAAGUGUCUCUAGUCUACGGUCAAAUGAAUGAACCGCCGGGAGCUCGUAUGAGAGUUGGUUUGACUGCCCUAACUAUGGCAGAAUAUUUUCGAGAUGUUAAUGAACAAGACGUACUUCUAUUUAUCGACAAUAUCUUCCGUUUCGUCCAAGCAGGAUCUGAGGUAUCUGCCUUAUUGGGUAGAAUGCCUUCUGCUAUGGGUUAUCAACCCACCCUUAGUACCGAAAUGGGUUCUUUACAAGAAAGAAUAACUUCUACCAAGGAAGGGUCCAUAACUUCUAUUCAAGCAGUUUAUGUACCUGCAGACGAUUUGACUGACCCGGCUCCUGCCACGACAUUUGCACAUUUAGAUGCUACUACCGUACUAUCAAGAGGAUUGGCUGCCAAAGGUAUCUAUCCAGCAGCAGAUCCUUUAGAUUUAACGUCCACUAUGCUCCAACCUCGAAUCAUUGGUGAGGAGCAUUAUGAAACUGCGCAAAGAGUUAAGCAAACUUUACAACGUUACAAAGAACUCCAGGACAUUAUAGCUAUUCUUGGGUUGGAUGAAUUAUCCGAAGAAGACCGUUUAACCGUAGCAAGAGCACGAAAAAUUGAGCGUUUCUUAUCACAACCCUUUUUCGUAGCAGAAGUAUUUACCAGUUCUCCAGGGAAAUACGUUAGUUUAACAGAAACAAUUAAAGGGUUUCAAUUGAUCCUUUCCGGAGAAUUAGAUAGUCUUCCCGAACAGGCCUUUUAUUUGGUAGGUAACAUCGAUGAAGCUACCACGAAGGCUAUGAACUUAGAAAUGGAGAGCAAAUUGAAGAAAUGACCUUAAAUCUUUGUGUACUGACUCCUAAUCGAAUUGUUUGGGAUUCAGAAGUGAAAGAAAUCAUUUUAUCUACUAUAUCUACUAAAAGUGGCCAAAUUGGCGUAUUACCAAACCACGCCCCUAUUGCUGUAGCUGUAGAUAUAGGUAUUUUGAGAAUAUGUCUUAAUGACCAAUGGUUAACGAUGGCUCUGAUGGGUGGUUUUGCUAGAAUAGGCAAUAAUGAGAUCUCUAUUUUAGUAAAUGAUGCGGAGAAGGGUAGUGAUAUUGAUCCACAAGAAGCUCGGCAAACUCUUGAAAUAGCAGAAGCUAACUUGAGGAAAGCUGAAGGCAAGAGACAAACAAUUGAGGCAAAUCUAGCUCUUAGACGAGCUAGGACGCGCGUAGAGGCUAUCCAUUCGGUUUCGUAACUAGUUGGUUGGUGUGUUUGAAUAAUUGCGGUUCUGUUUAUACAUCUUAUUUUGAUUCGGCUGAUUGAAGACAAUCAAGUGGAAUCGGAUUCUGAUGCAACAAAAAAAAUGAAUUUAAAAAAAAAGAUGAAAUAGAAAGGAUACAAAAUCAAAGAGGAUGAGUAGAAAAAUUUAUUAGAUACCAGAGUCACUGGUAUCUAAUAAGUUCUACCUACUAUUGGAUUUGAACCAAUGACUUCUGCCGUAUGAAAGCAAUACUCUAACCGCUGAGUUAAGUAGGUCAUUUAUCAUCACAAAGAGAAACAAAUGGGAUCCACUCAUGGAUGGAUUAUAGAUGUAAUAUUACUUAUAAGCAAUACCAAUCAAACAGAUCAAAGAGCUAUGAUAUUGGAUCAUGGAAUAGUCAUCUUGACAAGAAAUUAUCUACCUGAUAAAAUGCGUAUCACAAGCAAAGGGCUAUAGCUCACUUAGGUAGAGCACCUCGUUUACACGUGCGCCAAUGUUUUUCAGGGGAGUCCGUCCAUCAUACAAUCAAAAGAAUUUAUCUUAUUGAAAAAUCGAUGUCUUACUCCAUGAUUUUGAGGGAAUAAGAGAACAAUAGCCCGACAAAUGGCUCAAAUAGUUCGGUCCGAUUUGAGUGUUCAUUUAAGCAUCAAAUAGAACCUAGUAUUGCUUUAUUGCUUUGAGAUAUUGAUAAGGUGAAUAGCCAGUUUAUUCAAUGUUAGGCAUAAACUGAGUAUAAGGAUCUCCAAAAAAAUCUCUUUUCAUCCUAUGAACUUUAAGGUGUAUGAAGUUUCAUAUUUGAUUCUUUAAGCAAAGCAAUAGAGACUCCAUUUAACUUAAGUUAAUCUAGGCCAGAGGCGGAGCAGACCUACGUCAAGAUAACCCCUCCUUGAAACACUUUGGUAGUGCUUCCAGAUCAGAAUCCAAAUAAUGAAUCAGAGCA